AGCGGCUGGGCCCUCGCCUCAGGCGGGGUCGGUCGGGGCAGACUGAGGGAGCGCGGGCGGGCCCGGCCUCAACCCAGUGGGAGAGAGGGGCGGAGCAUUUCCCGCCGCAGGAAAUGGUGGUGGUCACCAACAAAAGCAAUGAUCCAGAAAGAAAAUGUAACUCCCCAUGAGUAUGGAUGCUUUCAGGCUAAUGGGAUCAGUGUCAGAGAAGGAUCUGUUUGGGAGUAUCUGGAGCGCCCGGUAGUACAUCAACCCAGAUGGCUCCCAGCAAGAUUAUCCUUCCCAUGCACCAAAUAAUUCCUGGCCACCGGGUACACUUUUACUUUGGGAACUCUCUGAUCUUCCUGCUUGUGCUCAAACCCAGCACCUCCUGCAAACAGUGCUGACACGGUGACACCACCUCAGGGUCCUGAGUACCUGGGGCAGGCUGACUGACCUCCUGUUGGUGAGCAAACACUUGUGUGCGUGUGCACCAUCUGGCGACUCGGGCUGGAAACACGGGAGGGGACCCCGCAGACCUGAAGCGCGCAGCAGCCGCGCCUUCAGCUCCCCUAGGCCGCAACCGAACGCAGCGCUGACAUCACCCGGCCCUGCGCCUGUCCCCUCCCCGCCCGAGUGCGCGGGCCCGGACACCCGCCGGCAGCGGGGAGCCCGCCCCGCGUAAGGCCGCGGGGCUUUCCUCUCUCGCCCUCGGUGAGGUCUCCGCGGCAGCGGUGUACUGAAGCAUGUUUUUACCAAGAUCUGUUAAAGUCAAGAGGACUGCUGAUGACGACAAAAGUUGUACAGCUAAGAAAAAUAAAUUAUCUUCUGGAGGAUCUUUGCUAGAGGAGACCACCAAGUUCCAAGACUGUAAGUUGGUUAGAACAGAAACCUCUGCUUCAGGAUGCAAUUUGAAUGAAGUUCAACAAGAACACACAGAACCUGUAGCUGGAGAGCUUGGUGUUGCUAAUACAACUUUGGGAAAGGACAACAAAAAUACUGAUGAGGAUAGCUCUUCGGAAGAACCCAUAAAAUCCUUCAGCAAAUCGCAGCGUUGGCCAGAACCUGGAGAACCUGUAUGUGUUGUGUGUGGUCGCUACGGAGAGUAUAUCUGCGAUAAAACAGAUGAAGAUAUUUGUAGCUUGGAAUGUAAAGCCAAACACCUUCUACAAUCUCAAGAAAAGGAAACAAAGCUAAAAUCUGAUCAACUCACAAAAGCAGAAUCUCAAGCAGAAACUCACCUGCUUAAUACACCUUAUUUCUACCAAGAUCAUUCCUUUAUUUUAGGUUUGCAAGAUGAGCAGGUUGAGAACCUUAAACUGCAGCUAGGUAUUGCUGUCCAGGGCCAGCAAGUUCCAAGACCUAUUGUAGAGUUUGAACACUGUGGUUUUCCUGAAACUUUAAACCAUAAUUUAAAGAAUUCUGGCUAUGAAGUCCCAACUCCCAUCCAAAUGCAAAUGAUCCCUGUUGGACUAUUAGGGAGGGAUAUUUUGGCUAGCGCAGACACAGGCUCUGGAAAAACAGCAGCCUUCCUACUGCCUGUUAUUAUGAAGGUUUUGAAAGAGACAGAAACUCCAUCUGCCCUUAUUUUGGCACCAACAAGGGAGUUGGCAAUUCAGAUAGAGAGACAAGCUAAGGAACUGAUGGCUGGUUUACCAAACAUGAGAACAGUUCUCCUGGUAGGAGGUUUACCACUGCCACCACAGCUUCACCGUCUCAAGCAAAGUGUUAAGGUUAUAAUAGCAACACCUGGAAGACUACUUGAGAUUUUAAAGCAAAGUUCUGUUCAACUGUGUGGCAUAAAAAUUGUAGUGGUGGAUGAAGUGGAUACCAUGUUAAAAAUGGGUUUCCAGCAGCAAGUAUUGGAUAUUUUGGAAGACAUCUCUCACGAUCAUCAAACCAUACUGGUGUCAGCGACGAUUCCAGUGGGCAUUGAACACUUAGCAAAUCAGCUUCUGCACAAUUUUGUAAGAAUAACAAUUGGAGAAAAGAACCUGCCAUGUUCCAAUGUUCGCCAAAUUAUCUUGUGGGUAGAAGAGCCAUCUAAAAAGAAAAAGCUCUUUGAAAUACUAAAUGAUAAGAAACUCUUCAAGCCUCCAGUGUUGGUAUUUGUGGACUGUAAACUAGGAGCAGAUCUGUUGAGUGAUGCUGUUCAUAAAAUUACAGGAUUGCAAUGUACAGCUAUGCAUUCUGAAAAGUCUCAGGUGGAAAGAACAGAUAUAUUACAGGGAUUACUUAAAGAGAAGUAUGAAGUUAUAGUAAGUACUGGAGUCCUUGGACGAGGGCUUGACCUUGUCAAUGUCAAACUGGUAGUAAAUUUUGAUAUGCCUUCAAGUAUGGAUGAAUAUGUACAUCAGGUUGGAAGAGCGGGGAGGUUGGGUCACAGUGGAACUGCAAUUACUUUUAUCAAUAACAACAGCAAGAAGCUCUUCUGGGAUGUUGUGAAGAGAGUAAAACCAACGGGCACCAUUCUUCCCCCACAGCUGCUUAACUCCCCAUAUCUUCAUGACCAAAAGAGAAGGGAACAACAGAGACUUAAACAAUUACAGAAUAGCCUUGUAACAGGAGAUAAUAUUAUGGACAUUAUUAGAAAACAUGACAAAAAUAAUUCUCAGAGGUAAUAAAGAUAUAUUUAUAGUUAUCUUAUGUAAUUACAAUGAAAGUGUGAUUAAAAGUAAACAGAAUUAUGAUGCCUUGUAUAUUGCCUUUUUAAAAGAAGUUUAUUUAUAUACUCAGUUUUUUAAGGAGUCUCAUUUUUAUCUCCUCUUUAUUUUGAAACAGCCUGUUUUGUGUUUGAAUUACAGUAGUGCCUAGUAAAAAUACUCUAUGUAACCCUUUUUCAAAACCAGUAGUCUUUGGCCUUGCUUGCAACAUAAACGGAGAAGAUACUUUUUAUUUUGUUGUAAUGUUUCCGAAUAAUCAUUUCAGACUUCUUGUGAAACACACUCUUCCAGUAAUUUUUAUGUCACUAUAUUAAGGCAAAGGACACCCCCCUACUGCCCCCCCCCCCCCAAAAUAAAAAUUAGUGACAGAUUAGUCUCUGAAAACAAGCCUCAAGCUCUUCCUGUUAGUUUAUGUAAAUGUUUCCAGGAAUCCUCAUUAUGUUCUCUGGGGGUUUCUUGUGAACACGUACCAAGUUUUGUUUGUAAACAGUACUGAAAGUUUAGUUUCUCCUUUAUUGCCGGUGAACCAGUUAAAAAUCCUGCUCAAGCAUUUUGCAAUAGCGGAAAUACUAGUAUUAGUAUAACUUCAUUAUGGAUGAACAGAAUAAACCACAUA